AUGGUGUUAGGAAACUGGUUAUUGCUAAGCCGUCUAAAGAAGGCAAUACAGAAAGUAAGAUUCCUACUAAGCUUCCACGUCCACAAAUGGCGUCUUCCAUCGAUGAUUGACUCAUCAAGUCAGCGGCAGCUAAGCUUCAACAACGCUCCUGGCUUGAUUGAUUGCACGGCAGAUGUUGAUGUCGAAGACUGUGAGAUGGGUUUGUCGCCAUCGCCAAUCCAAAGGACUAGAAGCGAUGCAUCCGAUGACAUCGACAGGAGAGCGGAGAUGUUCAUCGCAAACUUCCAUCGACAUAUACAAAUGGAACGGCAGGUAUCACUUGAGCUUCGGUACGCAAAGGGAGUUGGCCUAGAGCGGACUCGAUCGGAUUGA